AGAGAAUGAAGUUACUGGAUACAUGGAAUACAAUCUCAAAGUCUCCCUCAAUCAGACUGGGAAUGCUACAGUGCCGACUUCUCCAGAACCUCCAUCCACAAUCAACGGAUCAGCUGUGGUUCAAACCAGGCUGGUGUUCAACUCGUCCUCUCCUGUUCUCAAUGAGACUGCCGUCCUCAGUGCUCUCCAAGCUCUGCUGAACUCUACACUCUCAAACCUCACCGAGCCUGUAAAAGUGUUGAAUUACACCAUUGAGGAAAUUUCAAACACCUCCUACGCAGUUAACAUUACAUUCAGCAUCAGUAACAUCAGCAUGCCGAGUAACCCUGACCUCAGGAACAAUACCUACACCCAAGUGGAGAACAUCAUCAAUAACACUGUAAACACACUUCUAAACAAUUUUGGUUCAGAUCCAUUAAAAUCCACUACCUCCAACUUCACGAGUUCAGAGAAUGAAGUUACUGGAUACAUGGAAUACAAUCUCAAAGUCUCCCUCAAUCAGACUGGGAAUGCUACAGUGCAGACUUCUCCAGAACCUCCAUUCACAAUCAACGGAUCAGCUGUGGUUCAAACCAGGCUGGUGUUCAACUCGUCCUCUCCUGUUCUCAAUGAGACUGCCGUCCUCAGUGCUCUCCAAGCUCUGCUGAACUCUACACUCUCAAACCUCACCGAGCCUGUAAAAGUGUUGAAUUACACCAUUGAGGAAAUUUCAAACGGCUCCUACGCAGUUAACAUUACAUUCAGCAUCAGUAACAUCAGCAUGCCGAGUAACCCUGACCUCAGGAACAAUACCUACACCCAAGUGGAGAACAUCAUCAAUAACACUGUAAACACACUUCUAAACAAUUUUGGUUCAGAUCCAUUAAAACUCACUACCUCCAACUUCACGAGUUCAGAGAAAGAAGUUACUGGUUACAUGGAAUACAAUCUCAAAGUCUCCCUCAAUCAGACUGGGAAUGCUACAGUGCAGACUUCUCCAGAACCUCCAUCCACAAUCAACGGAUCAGCUGUGGUUCAAACCAGGCUGGUGUUCAGCUCGUCCUCUCCUGUUCUCCAUGAGACUGCCAUCCUCAGUGCUCUCGAAGCUCUGCUGAACUCUACACUCUCAAACCUCAGCGAGCCUGUAAAAGUGUUGAAUUACACCAUUGAGGAAAUUUCAAACGGCUCCUACGCAGUUAACAUUACAUUCAGCAUCAGUAACAUCAGCAUGCCGAGUAACCCUGACCUCAGGAACAAUACCUACACCCAAGUGGAGAACAUCAUCAAUAACACUGUUAACACAUUUCUAAACAAUUUUGGUUCAGAUCCAUUAAAACCCACUACCUCCAACUUCACGAGUUCAGAGAAUGAAGUUACUGGAUACAUGGAAUACAAUCUCAAAGUCUCCCUCAAUCAGACUGGGAAUGCCACAGUGCCGACUUCUCCAGAACCUCCAUCCACAAUCAACGGAUCAGCUGUGGUUCAAACCAGGCUGGUGUUCAACUCGUCCUCUCCUGUUCUCAAUGAGACUGCCGUCCUCAGUGCUCUCCAAGCUCUGCUGAACUCUACACUCUCAAACCUCACCGAGCCUGUAAAAGUGUUGAAUUACACCGUUGAGGAAAUUUCAAACACCUCCUACGCAGUUAACAUUACAUUCAGCAUCAGUAACAUCAGCAUGUCUGAGAACCCUGACCUCAGGAAUGACACCUACACCCAAGUGGAGAACAUCAUCAAUAACGCUCUAAACACACUUCUAAAUGAACCUGGUGCAGAACCAUUUGAAUCCCAGAGCUCUUUCUUCACGUAA